UCGCCGCCUCUGUCUUAUUCUGUACUUCCGGUGUUAUGGCCGCGCUCAGUGAGGGGUUGACAGUGUUGUGAAGAUAUUUGGAGAUGAACGCGUGUGUUUAGGGUUGUGGUGUUGAGGAUGGCGGUGACACAGCUGUUUCGGCUGGUGGUCAGUCGGUCAGCAGCUCGUGCAACAUUUCGCGCGCACAGGAGAUACAGCAAGGUUUGUCCAGCUCUCUCUGAGCGACUGCGAGUGUUUGAGUCCCUCAGGGAAAAGAGGGCCAAUAAGAAGAGAGUCGAGGCCACAGGAGCACCUCUCAGUAUCCGACUGGCUGACGGCUGCACAGUAAAGGGAACAGCUGGUGUUACUACACCUCUCUUUGUAGCACAAAAUGUCCGAGUGAAAGGAGCGCUGGUCAGUACAGUGAACGGGGAGUUGUGGGAGCUUGGACAGCCCCUGGAGACAGACUGUGAACUCCAACUUCUGGGGUUUGAAACAGUUGAGGGGAGGCAGGCAGCAUGGAGAACAGGAGCGUGUGUCCUGGGUUCAGUGUUAGAGAGGGAAUUUGGUGCUGAGGUGUGCAGAGAAGGAGCGUCAGAGCUCGGGCUUUACUGUGACCAUCUGCUGGACAACAGUGUCCUGUCUCUGAGUGAUGUGGAGGACAGAUGUAAACAGGCUGCUGCCCUCAAACUUCCUCUGUCCAGACUGGAGCUGAAUACAGAUGAGGUCCUGGAGCUCUUCCAGGACAGUAAGGUGAGACUGCAGCUCAUGGAGGAGCAGAUGAAUGGCCCCACAGUCACAGUAUACAGGUGUGGGGACAGUAUUUCAGUCUGCAGAGGCCCUCUCCUCCCACACACUGGUCUCCUCAAGGUCUUCAAAAUGCUUCAGCUGUCUGCUGUGACCCUGACCAAUCAGACGGAGUCCUCGGGUUUGACACGUCUUCUAGGUGCGGCUUUCCCUGGACAGAAGGACAAGGAGGUGUGGGAGAGAGAGCAGGAGGAGGCGAGGAGGAGAGACCACAGACGUAUAGGGACGGACCAGGAGCUUUUCUUCUUUAAUGAUGUGAGUCCAGGCAGCUGCUUUUUCCUGCCUAAAGGAGCCCACAUAUACAACACCCUCACUGACUUCAUCAAGAGCGAAUACAGAAUGCGAGGCUACACUGAGGUCGUGACCCCGACUCUGUACAGCACUGCAUUAUGGGAGCGCUCGGGCCACUGGGAGCACUACAGCGAGAACAUGUUCACUGUGACUUCAGAGGGCGCUCAGACCUACGCUCUCAAACCCAUGAACUGUCCUGCACACUGUCUUAUGUUUGAGCAGCGUGUUCGCUCGUGGAGGGAGCUACCCCUGCGAUGGGCAGACUUCGGGGCACUGCAUCGCAAUGAGCUCUCUGGAGCACUGGGAGGCCUCACUCGUGUUCGAAGGUUCUGUCAGGAUGAUGCUCACAUCUUCUGCACACCUGAGCAGCUUCAAGACGAGAUUGUGGCAUGUUUGGACUUUGUGAGGAGAAUCUAUCAAGUGUUUGGUUUUUCUUUCCACUGCCUCCUGUCCACACGUCCUACACCGUGCCUCGGGGAGCCUGAGCAGUGGGAUAAUGCUGAGCAGCAGUUGGAAAGAAGUCUGCAGCAGUUUGGGGAACACUGGGAGUUGAAUCCAGGAGACGGAGCCUUCUAUGGACCUAAGAUCGACAUCCAGAUAAAAGACGCCAUUGGCAGAGAGCACCAGUGUGCCACGAUCCAGUUGGACUUCCAGCUGCCAAUCAAAUUUGACCUUCUGUAUGUCGGUCGUGAUGGACAGCAACACAGGCCAGUGAUGAUCCACAGAGCAGUGCUUGGAUCGCUGGAAAGAAUGAUCGCUAUACUUGCGGAAAACUUUGGAGGCAAAUGGCCACUGUGGUUGUCCCCAGCGCAGAUCAUGGUCAUACCUGUAGGGGGCAACAGUGAGUCAUACGGCCAACAGGUGGUCCAACAGUUCCAUGAAGCUGGCUUCAUGGCUGACCUGAAUGACGACCAGGGAGCCACCUUAAAUAAGAAGAUUCGCUCAGCUCAGCUGGCCCAGUACAACUACAUUUUUGUGGUGGGGGAGAAAGAGAGAGAGAGCGGGACAGUGAAUGUCAGGAGCAGAGGGGGUAAACAGCUGGGGAGGAGACCGACAGAGGAGGUGCUGACAUCCCUCACACAGCUACGAGACUCUAAGACCAACUUAGAAGAGUUUUAAUGAAAACAACCUGGAAAUAAUGAGUCACUGAUGUUAUAAGUAAUGUUUGUUUUGUCAUGUUUAAGCUGUUCUACUUUGUUCUGAAGAGAUAGAAGCUUCUAUUUGUAAUAAAAACUUGUAAAAGAUCUUC